CUGAGGCUAAAAACAGUCACACACACAUACACAAUUGACUGGACAGGAUGGUCAAGAGGGAGUCGCAUUCUUCAGACCACCUCACUGGAGGUUCAUCCAGAAAGAUAAUGACCACUAAAGUGGCAACAGCUUUGGCUGCUUUCUUUCUUUUGGCCAGCAUAGCGGUUAUUAUAGCAAUAGCUACAGUCCAGACACAGCGCAGGACUUACCUUUCCCCUGGACUUAAGUAUGGUAUUGUGUUGGAUGCUGGCUCUUCCAGAACUACUGUAUAUCUUUACCAGUGGCCAGCAGAAAAAGAGAAUAACACUGGGGUCGUGAGCCAGACCCAAAAAUGUUUGGUAAAAGGUCCUGGUAUCUCAGAAAUGGAUAAAGAUUCCAUGACAAAUCUUAAAAAGUGCAUGGAUGAAAUGAUCAAGGCUGUCCCCCAGAGCCAGCACAGUUCAACACCCGUCUUUCUUGGUGCAACAGCUGGAAUGAGACUGCUUCAUCUGAAAAAUGAAACGGAGUCUAACGCCAUCCUGCUGCAGAUACAGGAGUAUCUCCGUUCUUUACCCUUCGAUUUCCAGAAUGCUUCCAUCAUCUCAGGUCAGGAAGAGGGUCUGUAUGGGUGGAUCACCGUCAACUACCUGAUGGGAAACUUCCUGGAGAAAAACAUGUGGAAUGCCUGGGUUCAUCCUCAUGGAGCCCAGACAGUAGGGUCACUGGAUCUGGGUGGAGCGUCCACUCAGAUUGCCUUCACAGCCCCUGAUGAUGCCAUAGGAAAGGAUCUCAUCAGGGUGUCCCUCUAUGGCUACGAAUACAAUGUCUACACACACAGCUUCCUGUGCUAUGGCAAAAAUGAGGCAGAGAAGAGAGUUUUGGCACAGCUUGUACAGAAAUCCUCUAACCGGACGCAUAUAAAGCACCCAUGCUACCCUGCUGGCUACAACAUCUCCAAGCCUCCAAGCGAUAUAUUUGACAGCGAGUGUACGGAGAGUGACAAGCCCACUCCAUAUCACCCUCAGAGGAACAUCACUUUCUUUGGUCAGAGUGAUCCAGCUAGGUGCAAAGACCUGGUCAAGAGUAUUUUUGACUUUAAGUCCUGUCAGGGGAAAGGGAACUGCUCUUUUGGAGGAGUUUACCAACCACCGGUCACUGGGGAAUUCAUGGCUUAUGCAGGAUUCUAUUACACUGCCUGGGCUCUUGAUGUGAAGGGCUCCAACAGUCUGGAGAGGUUUAAUGCCACCAUGUGGUCAUUCUGCUCAAAAGACUGGACAUCACUUAAAAGAAAGUACAACAUAACAGAGAAACACUUGAAGUCUUACUGCUAUUCUGCAAACUAUGUCCAUACAAUUCUUGCAGACGGAUACAAAUUCAAUGCGGGCAACUGGGAAAAUCUCAAUUUUCAGAAAGAGGUCAAUCAGACGAGUAUAGCCUGGUCUCUGGGCUACAUGCUGGCCCAGUCUAACAUGAUCCCAGCAGAGGCAAAGCUUCUGAAGCUGCCCAUCCCCAACAGCGUCUUCGCUGGGCUUCUCUUUAUCUUCUCCGCUCUGACCAUAAUCACCCUCAUGUUCCUCAUCAUCACACUGGUGCGCUUUUGUUACUGAUGACCCUGAAAGCCCUGCUCAGGAACUCAGCUUUAUCUUCAAGCAACAACACUAGAAGAGCACAGUCACUGUAACGUAAGAAUAUGUGUGUUUUCCCAGCUCUCUGUGCUGCUGUCUCAGCACUUCCUGACUGGGGCUUUAAACAGGCAACCAUCAUGAGUCUCCAGUGCCUGAGGCACAGGCAUCUCAGCCAAAGAGACCCACUGCACAAUAGUACAUGUAGCCCCUGAUAUAUUACUUUGGGUGAAUGAGGGAGUUAUGUUUAUUUUUGGAAUGCAAAAUAAGAUUAGCUGGUAUGAUGGUCCAAUGCUCAAGAGGAGGUAAGAAAAAGGUUUUGCAAACAAGCUGUGUGAAGAAUUGACUUAUGGCUCUAUUAUUAUUACUUUUCUUUUCUUUGAUAGCUCAGAUUUAAUUAUUUUGGUGUCAGAUAAUAAAAACGAAUCGAUUUCAACAUUAUAUAACAGUCACCCUACACAGCACAAUAGCUCAUACUGUUGUUUCCAAAUCAUCUGAACAGACUUCACAAAAUCUCUUUACUUGAAGCUGCUCCUGAAAACUACACAUUUAUGCACACAGUAAGACAGGGCAGGUGAGGAGGAGGAGUGGCAUCUAUUUAUAAUAGUGAUUUUAACUGCAAAAAUGCCACUGUUGUUGAAUUUACACCUUUUGAGUAUAUUGCGCUCAACUUUUUUAGUGAUAUUUCUAUGUUAUUAAUUGCAAUAUAUAGAAUACAGAAGUAAAGAAGAAAGUGUCUGAAACUUAGUUGAAAAAGCAUUACACUGACUCAGAGACAGUCAAGAGGUGCAAACAUUUAUAACAGUGCAUUGAAUACAGUUCUGACUCCCUCCUGUAAUGAUCUGGUCUCUGGCCUAAAUUCUACAUUAAAGGAAACUCUUGAAAUUCUCGUACCAGUCAAAUAAAAGAAAAACAUGCAUACUAACAAAUCUGUAGAUGAAUAAAAUACGCCAUCUUAACUCUUUAAAAUCAAAGAAUUUAUGGAGGAAAAGUAAA